GGCCGGGGCGGGGCCGGGCCGGGCCAUGGCCCCGAAGGCGUCGCGGAGCGCGCAGUCGAUCGAGCUGGGCGGGCUGCCGGCCUGGCCCGUCCUGGUGCCGCGCGGCAUCCGCCUCUACACCUUCGAGCAGGCGCCCGGCUUCCUGCGCGACAACCCCUACAUCACCGACGGCUACCGCGCCUUCCUGCCCGCCCGACUCUGCCUCCGCAGCCUGUUCAUCCUGUCCAACGAGACGGUCAACAUCUGGAGCCAUUUGCUGGGCUUCCUCCUCUUCUUCACCCUGGGUAUUUACGACAUGACGUCCGUGCUCCCGUCAGCCGGCGCCUCCAGAGAAGACUUCGUCAUCUGUUCCAUCUGUCUUUUCUGCUUCCAGGUGUGUAUGCUCUGCUCUGUAGGCUAUCACCUGUUCUGCUGUCACCGCUCAGAGAAGACCAGCCGCCGAUGGAUGGCGUUAGAUUACGCAGGAAUUUCCAUUGGCAUUCUCGGUUGCUACGUAUCGGGAGUAUUUUACGCAUUCUAUUGUAAUAACUAUUGGCGCCAGGUGUAUCUGAUCACGGUGCUCGCCAUGAUCCUGGCCGUGUUCUUUGCUCAGAUUCACCCCAGUUACCUCACUCAGCAAUGGCACCGACUGCGUUCCCUCAUCUUCUGCUCCGUGUCCGGCUACGGCGUGAUCCCCACCGUCCACUGGGUUUGGCUCAACGGGGGCCUAGGAGCCCCUAUCGUUCAGGAGUUUGCGCCCCGCGUAGUUGUGAUGUAUAUGAUCGCCGCUAGCGCUUUCCUCUUCUACAUUUCCAAGGUUCCGGAAAGAUACUUUCCAGCCGUAAGCGGAGACAAGGGAGACGUUCGACGGAUAACCUCCGCGCGGCGGAUUUGGGAAAGGUGGCGGAAGCGGAGGGGAAAUACGGCAACGUUCCUGGGCUUAACGGUCUCUCAAGCCCCCGGAGGUCACAGCGAAGAGGAAAAUGGAUUCCUCCCAAGGAGAGAAGUCAAGGCAGAUUGUUUGGGGAAUACCAGAGGCAGAGUGUGCAGGCCAACUGAACUACCUCGGUUCCAGCCACCAGAUCUGGCACAUCCUGGCCGUCGUCAUGCUUUACUGGUGGCAUCAGUCGACCGUUUACAUCAUGCAGUACCGACACAGCAAACCCUGCCCCGACUACCUUUCCCCUCUGUGAAUUCAGGCGAUCCGGUCAGUCGGCCCGAUGACGCCCAGGGGAGGUCGGGACCGAAUGCCUCGGUGGCCUCUGCCCCCUCGUCUGAUGGCCCUUAAGGCUACGAGGAGUCAGGUCUCCGCGGGGCCCGUCUCCACGUUCGACCCGCCGAGGUGGCCGUCCCCCGGCCUCUGCGUUUCUUCGGGCCCUCCUCCUCAACAACCGGGGCCGCGGCGUUCCUCCCCGAUGGUCCGUGUCGACCGUCUCGCCGGAAUCGAAUGGGGCUUUCUGUCGCGACGGAAAAACCGGAGUCGCGCGGGCACUCGGAAGGCCCGGCGGCUACCCGGCGGGCCGCGGAGGGGAUUACCCCAGCGGGCCGAUGGCCUCCGGGGCCGCAGCCGGCCCUUCGGCGGCGUCCGCUUCCCAGGAGGAUGAAUGGAGACCGCCCGCCCCCUCCUCGCUACCCCGGGGUCACCUCGUCGGGAGAUCCGACCCGGUUCCUCGCCGCCCGCCCUGCCGCGGGGUCCUCCCGAGGUUUUACCAGAUGCCCCGUCCUCCCGAUGCACAGGGAAGACACGCGGUAGAGGCGUCGCCCGUCCGCGAUGGCCGAACCGGCCGGUCACCGAGGAGACCCGAUGGUCUCUCGCCGGACGAUGGGGGACGAGGGCAGACCUUCGGCCGGGGCGGCGCGUACGACGGCUCCUUGCCUCCCGGGAGAGGGUGGGGAAUGGAGGCGGGUGAGGACGCGGCCCGGGACACAGAAACGCUGUCCACAUUCGGGGGGGGAACCGCUCGGCGGGGAAGCCGGCGGCGGCGGCCCACGAAGGAAACGGAACGUUAUCUUGCGAGCUUGGCGUUACCAGGGUGCCUCCGUCUUUCUCUGCCAGAACACUGACGAGAUCCCAACUCUCUCAUCCGUCUCCUGGGCGGCGGGGAGGUUUGAACCAUCUCGAGCGCCGGGAGGCCGUCAGCGAGGCGGCGGUCCUGUUUGCGACCGCUGCCUGAAAUAGGGGCUGGCCACUCGCCGCCACGUAAGGAUUCUGCUUCCGCCACCGCAGGGCCCCUUCAGAAACCAAGUGCUUCGUUACUUAAUUGCAGACGUAGAUAUUGCCAAAUCCGGGGCCUCUGCCCCGUCUUUCCAUCGCCGUCUUAAGGCAUCCGAGUCACCGCAGUGACGGAGACCGGCACCGGGCCCCUCCUCCGCGCCCUGGUGACGUCUCCGGUUGCCCGCACGGCGGAGCCUCGUCGUCUAGCGGCGAGCUCCGAAACUCCCGCGGAAGAGCACGUUCCCGGCGGAGUUGGCCGUUUCCGAGGCGCUCCUCUCCCCGCGUCUAGCGAGGAGCCUGCCCGCCCAUCCGCCGGCGGGGGGAGGCGCUUCACCUGCGCGGGAAUGAGGGGCUCCCGGGGCCUCGCCCCGGAGGCGGCCGUCGACGGGAGGGUGGGGGACCGGCAGAGGAGGACUCCCGAGUUCCAGCUGUGGCCCGUGACCCUUCGGCGGCUCCCGGCGGUCCGGGGGAGACUCGGGCUUGCGCGCCGCGCGACCCCGUCGCUGUGGAGAAAACCCAGAAAAUAGCCUUCGGGAAAGAACUCCUCUCCCCUCAUUCCGUAGCACCCCCCAGUCCAUCGCGAAGGAGCCGGGGAGACGCCAACGUGACCCCCCCGGCCCAAUCCGCCGCCGUGGCCUGGCGUUCAGAGCCUUUACGGAGGCCUUUCGGGGGAAUCCUUAGAUGCCGCUCCCUCACGGACUACUCGUUUAGUGCAGUAUUUAUUCUAAGGUAGGGUAUUAACGAGCGAGGGUCGUCCCGGCAGCUGUAGUCUUAGCAGUUAGGAAUGUUACGUUGAACCCGCCCCCGCAAACUGAGCCUCCGGAACUGAGCGUCUAACUUAUCUCGUAUUCUUUUUGUAACUCAUCCCAGGCACAGCGCGGCUGCUUUAAAGCUGCUUUAAAAGUAUCAUCGAACCGAUCACCGAGCGGUUACCGCAUCCGUUCGGUUCGUCUUGCCACUCGCCGGUCUCGGACGCACGGCGCCUUUUGAGAAAAGCCGUUUUCAAGGGGACGCUAACCCCCCGCCCGUCAGUCAUUUCGGAUUUUAUCCGGCCGUAGCUUUUCGGGCAGCAUGGCGAGACCUGCGUCGUGUCGAUAAAAUCUGGUUUUACUAAA